AUGGCCCUAGAGUCGCUGCCGACGGAGCUCAUCUUGCUCGUGUUCCAACAAAUAGCCGAUACCGAGGCACUUCAAGCCACAGCACGAACCUGCAAAAAGUUCCAGCAGGUCGUCGAGAUAUGCCUCUAUAGUCACGUACUAUGCACGCGGCGCGCUUCUGCAAAUCGCCUGCUAGAGCUUUGCAGAGCAGAUCCCCGACGUGCGACUUACGUUCAUGAUCUGCAACUGGUCUAUUCAACGCGGCAUCAUGACUUUCAAAACACGGCACCCGUCGAUCUUUGCUUCUUUCCAUGUCUAAACUCAUUUGUUUCCGAGAGCCCGUUUUGCAAUUCCCAUGCGCGGAUCGGGGCAAAGAGCGAGAGCGUUUGGCAAGCUGAUAUGCAGGCCUAUCUGAGAGCUUUUGAGCAGGCGUCAUUGCUUUCCAGUAUUCCAUCCUGCGCCAAGCCUCUUGGCUUUCUGAAAUCCGUGAUCCUGCACUGGACCGGCAGCAUCAGUUCACGAUUCUGGAGAACGACACCGUUGUGUCCCAUAUUUUUACUGCCGGAAUUGCAAAGCCUCACCGUAUCGUGUGUCAAGAUUAGAGUGGAAGACGAAGAUCGCGACAUAUCCCAGUUUGCCAAGUCAACAAAGCUCGAGUCCUUAUCCUUUGUCGAGAGCGUAGUAUCCCCACGCGCGCUGGAGCAGAUCUUGUCCUAUCCAACAGCACUCAAGCGCUUGACUCUCCACGAAGUCACCCACCAUGCAACAGACACAUUGUCGUACGACUUUCUCAGAGAUGACGUGGAGACCUCCCACGAAGCUCUGGAACUGCAGGCAGAAUCACUCGAGGAGUUUGACUUUUCGGGCCACCAUGACCCCAGGGGAAUGAUGUCCAGUCGCCCCCUCACCGCGUUCAACCUUGCCAACUUUCGGUCGCUUUCAUACCUCAAGCUCAACUGGUCAGUUCGACUUGACCAGCCGCCGCCCAAUUUGAGGACCCUUGUUCUGCAGGACCUGAGCCCAUUGACCUUUCGCGGUGGAGCUGAGAAUGUUUUGGCGCGGCUACCCAAGCUUACCGAGUGCUUGAAGAGCGCUUCAAGGCGCCAAGAGGGCUUUCAAGUUGAUCUCCGUCUCUACCGAAUUCCCCUGCACUUUUUUGGUCAUCAUAGAAGGUACGAUGUCGCCGACGGUGACCAUCAACCACUGCGACGAGUAUUCGAAGAGUUGAGACACAAGAUGAUUGACAGGUACACUUUGGAGGAACACCCCGGAGAGGAUUUGGCCGACAUUCCCGAAGAUACCUCGCCCGUCAGUGCGGGACCUCCUGCCACCGAACGAGAAACAUGGGAGAAUGUGCCUGUUCGCUUGCGAAUCUUGACUUCGAAGCAUCGCAACUUCAUCCCCCCUUAUCUCCAUGGCGAAAAGUCUCAUCGCUGGGUUGUUCGGUAUGAUUCGGACUACCUAGACAUUCCCCCAUACUUUGAGAAUUCUGGGAAUCCUGAGGGAGAUGACAGUAGUGAAGAUGAGGAUAUGCAGGAAGCCUUUCGCUUGGAUUCGGCCAUGUUUUGA